GGGCUCGGUGCGCCGCACGCUGCAGCUGCCACCGCCUCUUCAUUGUGUGUGUUGCUGCCGGGGCGGCUUUUCCUGGGGAGGUUUGGGCAACUUGGUCUGGGCGCCAGUAGCUGACUGAUGCGUGGAGUUCUUUAGGUAGCAAGUUGAGUCUAGAGCUGUGUUGUGGGUGAAAGUUCACUUUAAGUUGUGGGGGAUUCGGUUGUAGAAGUUGUACUUUCAUCAUCAAAGUCAUCGAAACAGAACCCCUACGGAAUUUCGUUGGCAUUUUGUGUUUGCACGGUAGAAAGCAACCUGUCUGCUGGUCCAAGCAAGUGACCUUAAGGUUUAUGUGGCCUAUUGGCGUUUGUAAUCAAAACAGAUUGCUUGCACUUAGUGAAUAAAUUGCCCUGUACUUUUUUUUUUUUACUGUUUAAUUACAGGGUUGAAGUAAUCGCGAAGUUACUAUUAAGCCUGUUUUUUUUUAAAUAACUUUAUUUCUAGUAAAAUGUUUAUUGGAGGCUUGAGCUGGGACACAAGCAAGAAAGAUCUGACUGAGUAUUUGUCUCGAUUUGGGGAAGUUGUAGACUGCACAAUUAAAACAGAUCCAGUCACUGGAAGAUCGAGAGGAUUUGGAUUUGUGCUUUUCAAAGAUGCUGCUAGUGUGGAUAAGGUUUUGGAACUGAAAGAACACAAACUGGAUGGCAAAUUGAUAGACCCCAAAAGGGCCAAAGCUUUAAAGGGAAAGGAACCCCCCAAAAAGGUUUUUGUGGGUGGAUUGAGUCCAGAUACUUCAGAAGAACAAAUCAAAGAAUAUUUUGGAGCCUUUGGAGAGAUAGAAAAUAUUGAGCUUCCCAUGGAUACAAAAACAAACGAAAGAAGAGGAUUCUGUUUUAUCACAUACACAGAUGAAGAGCCAGUAAAGAAAUUGUUAGAAAGCAGAUACCAUCAAAUAGGUUCUGGGAAGUGCGAAAUCAAAGUUGCACAACCCAAAGAGGUAUACAGGCAGCAACAGCAGCAACAAAAAGGUGGAAGAGGUGGGACGGCCAGUGGAAGAGGUGGUGCCAGGGGCCGUGGAAGAGGUCAGGGCCAAAACUGGAACCAAGGAUUUAAUAACUAUUAUGAUCAAGGAUAUGGAAAUUAUAAUAGUGCCUAUGGUGGUGAUCAAAACUAUAGUGGCUAUGGCGGAUAUGAUUAUACUGGGUAUAACUAUGGGAACUAUGGAUAUGGACAGGGAUAUGCAGACUACAGCGGUCAACAGAGCACUUACGGCAAGGCAUCCCGAGGGGGUGGCAAUCACCAGAACAAUUACCAGCCCUACUGAGGAGGACCUGGGAGAAAGCAGGUGUGUGAGCUUACGAGGAAACAUUGGCAGUGUCUAAUUUCAUUUAAAGAUCAAUAGACAAAUGGAAAAGAGUAAACAAAAUAUGUGUAGUCUUUACUAAAUUGUAAAUUUGUAAUUGCUUUAUGAGCCUGUUUUGCCUAAAGUGUCUAUAGAUCUUUAACUUUAAAGUCUUACCUCACCUUUUUUAGAAUUACAGAAAAACUUAAGAGUUUUUCUGUUUGCUUUGUGUACCAGGAGGUUUAAACUUUUUUAGAACUAUUAACAGGUAAAGUACUGAAAUGGGUACAACUUAAGGAAAACAAGAAUGUUGUCUUCUAACUCUGACAUUAUACCUUGUUUGUACCCGCCAGCGGGAACUUCAUUGCAGGCCGUGUGUCACCCUGACCACGUCUAUCUCUGGGGGUCGCACGUUGCGGGCAGAGCGCAAGGCAUACACCAGAAAAGGCUGUCCUGUGGUAUGGUCUCUUCCAACUUCAUGUACCAGCGUAAAGAUUAAAGUGGAAACUUCAGACUUUGCUUCUUUUUAAUCUUUUUGGAGAUUAAGUGUCUAAACUUUAACUUAAAUGGUUUUUUGCAGGAGUUAAAGUACAUAAAUGCCUUUUUACAGCUUAAUCAUUUUGGUCUUCUGUUUAGUGUUGUAUUUCAAUUGUGGAGCCUCAUUUUAAGUGUCCAUUCUUUAAGAUUUAAUGCUUGCUUUUUCUUUUUAUAGCUAAUAGUGAAAUCUACAAACCAAAACAACUUUUAAAUCUGGGAUAUAAGUUAAAGAUCAUAUGCACAAAGCAAUUCGUUGUCGUGUUAAUAUUCUAAACCUGCCUGAAAUUUAUAUUGGUUGAUACCAUUCUUCUUGGCUAGCUAGAGCUACGCCUCUAGUUGGCCUUCAUCUGCUAGUCUUAUAACUGGGAAGAUUACAUUCCUGUGUUCUAAAGUGAAUCCACCUAAUAUCACUUGGGAACUCCACAGUGAGCUUUUCAAACACCCAAACUACGCUUUGUCGAUAAACAUGCAUGUGAUCUUUAAUUGUUGAAGAAAAGAAUAAAGUGAGGACUUAAUUCAUGAAAGUGGACCUUUGCAAGCUUGUGAGGGUUGCACACAGCUAAUGGUUGUUUUGUUUUUGUUUUAGGAGGUGGAAAGAAACCAUCUUACAGGACGACAUUGAAGAUUGCUUGAUCUUGUGUUGACCUAAGAUGAUUAUUUUGUAAAAGACUUUCUAGUGUACAUGACACAGUCGUGUCCAACUGUAUAUAGCUGCCAAUUAGUUUCUUGUUUUUACUUUGUCCUUUGCUGUCUGUGUUAUGACUCAAUGUGGAUUUGUGUUUACACAAAUUUUUGUUUGUAUUAUUCAUGUUAAACCUCAAAUAAAUGCUUCCUUAUGUGAUUGUU